AGAAAAAUGGCUUAUUAGAGUAAUCUCCCUUACAUUUCGAGGCCACGUCAAUAACGUGUGCUCGUGGUGACAUCGAUGCAAAAAAGGAAACAAGUGACAAUUUAGAUCAUCUGCACCAAGAUAGUAGAUUAAUACGGAAGUGCUACGUCAGGGAUGUACCGGAUAUAUCAGAUUCAGGAUAGAAAAACAAAUAGACUUCGUAAUUGUUACGUUGCAUGUCACCAUUUUAAACAGUGCUGCUUGUGUCACACGACUUUUUGACAGAUGACCUAAAGAUCUUGAAUUCCUUGCCCAAUCAAUGUGAAAAGAAAAACAUGUCCACGUAUCAACUGAAAGCGAAAGUAGAAAAAUUCUGCUCCCGCCGAAUCUUCUACAUCCUGUGAGUAUGCUGUUACUAUCCACCGGAACUACAUACAUGUCGUGAUGAGAGGAUAACUUACAGCCAGAGGAAACUGAUAUUAACAACAAAUAUUUAACUAUUGCACAUCUUCAUAGAUGCAAGUUGAACAUUAAACCAUCCUUUCACCACUGAUUAGUAUAUAUACAUGUUAGAGUGCUGCAGCAUUGGAAGAUGACGGACUGUGAUGAAAUUCAGAUUGUGGAAAAAGAGGAGUCUCCGCCUCACGGAGCGGUGUGUCCCACGGACAGCUUGCAGUAUGAGACGCAGUACGGAAAUUAUUUCCCUCGGGACAUGGACUAUCAGGGGAUAGUGUGGGAAUCUGAGAUGGCUAUAGCCACUGGUGUACGGCCAGAGCUCAGUGCUAAAGGGACGAGCGGCUGUUACUUUGUUAAGGAUAGGAAAGGCAAAAUCAUUGGUGUAUUUAAACCAAAGGAUGAGGAGCCUUAUGGAAUAUUGAAUCCAAAAUGGACCAAAUGGAUGCACAAAUUGUGCUGUCCCUGUUGUUUUGGGAGGAGUUGUCUGGUGCCAAAUCAAGGAUACUUAUCGGAGGCUGGGGCAAGUCUGGUGGACCGCAAACUACAGCUCAAUAUAGUACCAAAUACUAAAGUUGUAAAACUAGGAAGUGAUACUUUUAACUACAAUGCAAUAGACCGAGCUAAAUCCCGAACCAAACACAGUAUUAUGACAAAAGUCCCCGCCGUUGGUAAAAAAUUUCAUCGACUGGGUUUACCUCCCAAGACAGGGUCUUUCCAGCUGUUUGUAAAUGGUUUCAAAGAUGCAGACUUUUGGCUGAGGAAAUUUGAUAGUGAGGACUUACCUGUUUCUACGGCAACAAAACUGCAGCAUUUGUUUGAAAGACUAGUCGUUUUAGAUUAUAUAAUUAGAAACACAGAUAGGGGAAAUGACAAUUGGUUAAUCAAGUAUGAACCGGCAUCCAGUGCCCCCAAGGGAGAUAAUGAGGAUUCAGAGUGGAGCCUUGUAGAAAACCCAGAUAUAUCCAUUGCUGCCAUUGACAACGGCCUUGCCUUCCCAUUCAAACACCCAGAUGAAUGGCGAGCCUACCCAUAUCAUUGGGCUUGGUUACCUCAGGCCAAAGUUCCAUUCUCUGAUGAAAUCAAGGAACUGGUUCUACCUCAGCUGUCCGAUAUGAACUUUGUCCAGGAUGUCUGUGAUGACCUCUAUGAUUUAUUCAAGACGGACAAGGGAUUUGACAAGAGAACUUUCACCAAACAGAUGGGUGUGAUGAGAGGGCAGAUUUUGAAUUUGACACAAGCAUUAAAGGACAACAAGUCUCCCGUACAGUUGGUCCAGAUGCCAGUGGUCACUGUGGAGAGGACAAAGGAAGGUCGUGUAAGGACAGACAGUGACCAGUACACCCAGAGCUUCUCUCAUAGGGCUCCCUUCUUCUCCUGGUGCUGACCUCUAGUGUUAUAGAGCCAGUACUGCCAUCUAGUGGUGCACUGACAGUGCUGCCAUCUGGUGACUCAUCACUGAUUGACACAUUACUCCCUGUUAAUGGUAUGGUGUCAGUGCUGGGGUCAUGUGUCUUUGUGCUGACACCUAGUGUUGCAGGAACUGUGCUGCCAUCUAGCUCGUUCAGCUCCGAGCUUUGGUGCUCAUGUUAUUUUUCAUCAAGUCAUCCCAGACACAAAAGGAGCUCAACCUGCUAGGAAUGUGACCCACAACCAGGCCACCAUAUCAUCCAGUGUUCAUACACUGAAGUCAUUUAUGUUCUCUUCUGCUGAUUAGUGUCAUAGGAAUUUCUUUUGUACACCAAAAUUGUACAUGUAUUAUGAUAUAUCAAAAGUUUUAAUGAAUGAAAUGCCUUUUUUGGUGCUAUGUGUCAUACUGUAUAAUUUUAUUCUUAUAAGUUUUUGUUGAAAGGUGGUUGAUUGUUUGACUUGUAUACAUGUGUGAGCAUGAUGAGAAGAGAGAGAAUUGGGAAAAAAUUGUAAAAUGAUAAUCUCAAAUAUAUUUGUUAAAAUGACAAUGAUUUAUGCAAAUCACAGUUCUGAUAUAGUAACACAAGUUCAGCUACUAACUAGAUCAGAUCUUUAUAUUCUGAUCAAAGUUUUAUAUCUAGAUUCCUCUCUGUGUACGUUGUACUGUACGUAAAAUUCAAAUAUUUUACAUUAUUUAUUUGUUCUUCAGAAACACUGAACCAUAUUUGAUAUUUUUUAGUACAGUUCUUCAAAUUAUGGGGCAUGUUCUUUUCAGGGAAAGGUUAUUUAUCCCCCUACUCUGAGCAAAACUUAUGAGAGAAUUUUAUGUUGCCAAAGGACAAAAUAGGUUCUUAUGUAUGAGAAAAAAUCUUUUCAAGGACAAGGCUACAAUUUUUUGGAUUAGUGUGCUGAUUUCAGCUGUUGAUUAGAUUCUAGCUGGUUCAAAUCAUGGGUUCUUGUAGGACCACAGUGUUGGUAAUUAUAAAAUUUUACUUAGGACAAUGAAGAGAAGAAAACCUUAAAAGCCUUCUCUAGAACAACUAGUCGACACGUAUAACUCAAGUAUUCUCCUGUGGUGUAGUGUAGUAAAGGGUUUAAUUGUCUUAAGAUUUGUUGCUCUAGGAAUAAGGGACCCAGGCGAGCAUUUGAAUGCAAGGCCUUCUGACAGUAUUAUGCUGUUGUAUUUUUAAUUUUUUUUUUAUUAAUAUCCUGUGCAAAAUUAUCAGAAAUUAAGAUAAGAUGUGACAGUAAAUUCCUUCUUUGUAAAAAAGGACGAAAUGAGAUUUUUAUCUGCAGGAAAUUUCACUUUAAUUAUGGAGACAUGAUAUUCAUUGCUAUAUCUUUGUCAGGCAUCAGAAGUCUGUACACAGCAUAAUAUACUGAUGAUCUGUGAAUGGAGAGUAUGCGUUAUUUCAUCAUGCUUCAUAUCUACAGAUUAUAUGUGAUUCGUAUUUCAGAAAUUCUGGCCUUUACCACUGAGUAUUCUUCCAAUGGCAAUAAGUCUUUGUAUUAUUUUCAUACCCAAAUCUUGCAUCUUGAAAACAGUACCCUCAUAUAAAGAAAUCCAGAAUUCGUAAUUCAUCCUGUUGUUGUAUGAUUGAGAAUGGGAUGGUGUGUGCGUGUGACACAGAGAAAAUGAGUGAUCUGGCUCCAUAUCCAGAAACUGAGGAUAGACUCGAGUCCAAAAUAGGAUUUCACAUAAAUACCUUAUUUACAUUUUCAAUCCUGUUUAAAAUGCAGUCUCUGCAUGCAAUGUUAAAUAGACCUAUAAUUGUCAGUAUUUUAAGUAUUGGAUCAAAUUUAAAAAUUAAGACUUUAUCAAGAUAUAGGGCUCACAUGACAGAUGUAACCAGUCAACAGGGAUGCUUACCCUAACAGGGAUGCUUACCUCUCCUAGGUACCUGAUCCCACGUAUGGCGGUUUCAAUGGUUCAUGUUAGUCCUGCUCUCAAUUUUGUAUUCAAUAUUAUUUAUGAAAGAGUUCCCUUCUCGCUGUCUUACAUUUUUCACUUGAGUGUAUUCUUACUCUGUUGAGCCUGGUAAUUAAGUCACGUGUUGAAUUCCCAUCAUAAGUGUGUAUGUCGGAGUUGACAACAGCCCCAUGAUAAACACAAACAUGUUUUAUAAUCUUUGCUCAUGUCACAUUCUGUUUUGCUGAUUGCCGAUGUUGUUAAUUUAACAUUACAAUAAAUGUUGAUAAAAGGUU